GCGUCGUUGUUGUACGACCUGUAUACCGUGCACAACGUCCCAGCGCCACCAUAUAUAUCCCAGCCUCACACGGCCUCCUGCUCCAGCGUGCGUCCUGCUCCUGUCGUCCACGAUGAGUCCUUGUCACAGCUCCACAAUGGCGGCGGCGAGGUCGCUCCUGCUGUCCUGCGUCGCUCUCGUCGCGCUCCUCCUCGUCCUGCCCUCCCGCGCCGCCGCCGCCGGCACCGCCGAUGGGACGGAGGAGUGGGGAUACAUGCAAGUCCGACCCAAGGCGCACAUGUUCUGGUGGCUGUACCGUAGCCCCCACCGCGUCGACAACGGCACGGCGCCAUGGCCGACCGUGCUGUGGCUUCAGGGCGGCCCGGGCGCGUCGGGGGUGGGUUACGGCAACUUCAUGGAGAUCGGGCCGCUGGACACGGACCUCAAGCCCCGCGCCACCACCUGGCUCAACAAGGCCGACCUCCUCUUCGUCGACAACCCCGUGGGCACGGGGUUCAGCUUCGUGGAGGGUGGCAACAAGAGCCUGAUGGCGCGCACGGACGGCCAGGCGGCGCGCGACCUGACGGCGCUACUCAUCAAGCUCUACCGGCACAACAAGCGGCUGCAGGGGAGCCCGCUCUACAUCGUGGCCGAGUCGUACGGCGGCAAGUUCGCCGUCACCACCGCGCUCACCGCGCUCAAGGCCAUCCGACAUGGACACCUCAAGGCCAAGCUUGGAGGUGUGGCCCUGGGGGAUAGCUGGAUUUCACCAGAGGACUCCGUGUUGUCAUGGGGCCCCUUGCUGUACCAACUGUCCCGUAUCGACGAGAAGGGGCUGCAGCAAUGCGACAGCCUAGCGAAUAAGAUCAAGGCGCAGCUCAAGGCGAAGCAGUACGCGGCGGCGGAGAAGUCGUGGGAGGACCUCGAGUCGGCCGUCCUUGAGCAGAGCAACUCCGUGAACUUCUACAACAUCCUCAAGGACGAGUCGUCGGAGGACGCUGCGGUGCUGGCGACCGCGGGGGCGGCUGUGAGGAAGGUGGGCUACACGAGGUACCUGAGCUCCAAGGCGACGAGGGAAGGCGGCCUCGACGGCCUCAUGAACGCCGAGGUCAAGGCCAAGCUCGGCAUCAUCCCCAACAACUUCACCUGGGGAGAGCAGUCAGGCGACGUGUUCGAAGCCCUCGCAGGCGACUUCAUGAAGCCAAGAAUCAACGAGGUUGACGAGCUCUUGAAACUUGGCGUGGAGGUGACCAUCUAUAGCGGACAGCUCGAUCUCAUCUGCGCAACCAAGGGAACACUGGACUGGGUCCAGAAGCUCAAGUGGGAAGGUCUGAAGAAUUUCACAGGGUCGCCCAGAAAGCCGCUCUACUGCAAGGGGGGUGAAGGUGAAGGUGAAGGUGAAGCAGCCGGCACCCAGGCCUUCCUCAAGUCGUACAAGAACCUGAAAUUCUACUGGAUACUGGGAGCUGGCCACAUGAUACCGAUCGACAACCCUUGCCCUGCACUCAACAUGCUGGGUGACAUUACACAAUCUCCUGCUCGGUAGAAACAAGACGACGGCGACACACCAAGCAGCCUGACACCAACACAAGAAAAGAUUCCCUUUUUCCUUUUUCUUUUCACAGUAAACUGUAAAAGACAGUGGCGGACAUUUAUGAGAUAGGAAAGAUGAGAAAACAGAUAUAAAUGAAUAGAGAGAGAGAGAGACAUCUGUUUGACUUUACAGCAUACUACAAUACUGGCGCAACUGUGUUACUUUUCGGUGGCAGGGUAUGAUCAAAAAUCAAAAUUUAUUGCAUA